GCGAGGUAGUACAGUACAACAGCUAACUUCCAGACCAACCAGUGCAGCGGUUCGCCGGCCGCUCAAGGUCAAACGAUCGCCCGCUCCACACCAAACCAUGCAUCGACCACGCUCCCCUGUGGCCGCCGCGAUGCUCGCGGUGGCAUUGGCCGUGGCACUGACCGCCUCCGCCGCGGCGGCGGCGCCGUGGGAGCGGGCGGACGAGGAGGUGCGGCACCUCUACGAGGCAUGGAAGUUGGAGCACGGGAGGCCAGCUCGCGGCAACGACGGCGACGGCGACGACGACCUCCUGCGGCUGGAGGUGUUCCGCGACAACCUCCGCUACAUCGACGCGCACAACGCGGAGGCCGACGUGGGGCUCCACGGCUUCCGCCUCGGCCUCACCCCCUUCGCCGACCUCACCCUGGAGGAGUUCCGCGGCCGCGUCCUCGGCUUCCAGCAGAGCCGCCGCCGCAACGACACGGCGGACGCCGAGGUCGACGACGACAGCACCGGCUACCAGCUCCGCGAGCUGCAGGUGCCUUCCGCCGUCGACUGGCGCAAGAGCGGCGCCGUCACCCCGGUCAAGAACCAAGGCGCGUGCGGUGGGUGCUGGGCGUUCUCGGCGGUGGCGGCAAUGGAGGGGAUCAACAAGAUCGCGACGGGUAAGCUGGUAUCGUUGUCGGAGCAGGAGCUGAUUGACUGCGACCGCAAGAGCCAUGGAUGCAAGGGCGGGCGCAUGGAUUACGCCUUCCAGUUCGUGAUCAGCAAUGGCGGGAUCGACACCGAGGCCGACUACCCUUACACCGGACGUGACGGGACUUGUAACGAGGCCAAGAAAAAGAAGAAGGUCGUGUCGAUAAGUUCGUAUAGCCAUGUCCCGGCCAACAACGAGAAGGCAUUGCAGAUGGCGGUGGCGAAGCAGCCUGUCAGUGUCGCCAUCGAGGCAGCCGGCCGUGCCUUCCAGCUCUACACUUCGGGAGUCUUCGACGGCGCUUGCGGGACGAAGCUGGACCACGGCGUGACGGCGGUGGGCUACGGCAGCACCGACGCCGGCAAGGACUUCUGGAUCGUGAAGAACUCGUGGGGCCCCAAGUGGGGCGAGGCCGGCUACAUCCGCAUGAGGCGCAACGUCGCCGCGCCCACGGGCAAGUGCGGCAUCGCCAUGGACGCGUAUUACCCGGUGAAGAACCACAAGGCCGCAGACAUGACUCUGCCUGUCCUGGAGAUGGUUCUUGCCUAAGCCAUCCGAUUGCCCGCCACCUGUUAUGGACUCAGGACAGUGGACAGGAGCCACUCGUCUACAGUACUUGCUCUACGUGUGCUAUGUUGUGUCCAACCGUAAACAUGUUAGGAAUAAGGAUUCGUGUAAUUCUAGCAUAAAUGCUCGUGCGUUGCUACAGUUUCUUACCUGCUCCCAAGUUGUCAUCCGAUAGCUCCUAAUUCGCUUUGCUUCACUUUCUAAUCUGGUUUAGAAUCUUUAUGAUAAUAAUAAACGGACAGCUCCUUUGAAUUC